AUGCAUAUAUGCAACGGAGGCAAACAUAGUAAAGUGCCAGAUCUGAAAACUCCUGAAGCUACCAUUCAAAAAGUGAGAACUGCAAAAAUCCUCGGAGUACAGGUAGAUUCGAGACUAACGUUCAUGAAACACGCUGAUAACCUCGUCAAGGAAUGUCAGAACCGGCUGCUGAUAAUUAAAGAGAUCAGUCGCAGAUACGCCGCUGGCAACAGGCAAACGCUCCUCAAAGUUUGUGAUAGCAUUCUACUAUCGAAGAUCUCUCCCGGUUUUGGAUUGUACAGCCGAGGUGGUGAAAAGGUGAUUAAACCUAUUCAGCCAAUCUACCACUCUGCUAUUAGAACGAUCUCUCGAGCCCUUAUAACCAGCCCAAUCAUAUCAUUGAUAGCUGAAAGUGGUCAGCUACCAUUCGAUUACGUUAUGACCGGUCGCCUUGUCGGCAAAGCGUACAGUUGGCUUGAGAAACGACCAGUAGAAGAAGACCAAGUUUGUCCAAUGACCAGAAGUGCAUCGAAGUGGCUAGAACAAAUGACAACUCGUCAGAUACCAACGAUCAGCACCCUCAACAGUAUAAGUAAUCGAGCAUGGGAUGCGGAAAACCCCGCUAUUGAUUGGAGCAUCAAAAACCAAACUCGAGCUCAUGAAGCACCAUCGAAAAUUCAAGCCAUCUUCAGCGAACUACGAACGAAUAAAUACUCGAAAUCUGCGAAGUUCUUCACCGACGGCUCUCUGGACAGAGACAGUGUUGGACUGGGAAUCCACAGCGAAAACAUUGAAAUUUCCAUGCGCAUUCCGAACUGUUGCACUAUUUUCUCUGCGGAAGCAUUGGCACUUUUGGUAGCGACUGAAAAUGCUCCGAUCUCCAAGCACGCUGUAGUUUUCAGCGACUCCCAAGCUGCAUACAGGCGAUAG